UGCUGCUUUAAGCCGACGUUACGUCAUCAACAGGCGACAUGGCGGUUUGACUAUUGGUUAUAACAAACGGAAAACGUUGGUGUUGGUACAAAUGCUUGAAAGUUACCUCCUUUUGCUACACUAUCGUGGUUCAACCUGAUCAUCCGCUAAUGAAUCCAGUAAUUAGACGGAGACUUCCUCCGUCUGUGAGGAGUCUUUUGACAGACAUCGGUCCAAAAGAGGAGUGGACUGAGACAGAGCCCGACACAGUCACCAGAGAUGGGGUUCUGCUCCCCUCCAGAGCAGCUGCUUCUGGAAAUGAAGAGUUUCUCUCUCAAGCCAAGACACAAGAUGAAGAGGAUGGCAGUAACGUCAGAAGGAGUGGAGUCUGCAUGAUGUGUAGAUGUAAGCCCUCUUGUUACACCUGCCCUCGAUGUAACCUGCAUUACUGUUGCUUGGCUUGCUACCAGAGUCCAGAUCACUCCGUGUGCUCUGAGGAGUUUUACAAGGAGUCUGUUCUCCAGGAGCUGAAGGAUAUGGGAAAAACAGAAAGUGAAGGGAGAAAUAAAAUGCAGGAGAUUCUUGUGGGACUCGGACGAAAGGCGGAAAAGACAGACGGUGGGAUGGAAAGUUUGUUAAAGGAUGCUGGUAUUAUGGCAGAAGGGGAAGGGGAGGCAACAGAGAAAGUGCAGGUUGUGGAGCUCCUGUCCAGGUUAGCAGAGCUUCAACAGUCUGGGGAAGGGACUGCAACAGAGGUUGAGGCUAUUUUGAGGAAACUUGAAGAGAUCGGAGGAGGGGAGCCGCUGCAUGGAGACAUAGAUGAGGUCGCUGAAGGUGCAGAAGGAGAGCUGGACAUGGCUAACCAGCUCUCAGGGCUGGAUAUUGACAAACUUUCAGAAGAGGAGCUGUGGGAAGUUCUCAACAGUAAAGAGAAAGAGAUGUUUAUGGAUCUAAUGAAGGGUGGAGCUCUUGGUGAGCUGGUUCCCUUAUGGAAGCCGUGGUGGGAGGAGCAUGAGGAGGGAGGGAGAGCACUGGUGGAGGUGCUUGAGGAGGAAGUGAGCCAAUUGGAGAAGGACAAUUCAACAUCUAUGGCUGACCAGGAUAAUAAAGUCAAGACAUCAAGAGGAGUGAUUCAGAAUCAGGGCAAAUCAGAUACAAAAUUGAGAAAGAUUAAAGGAGCAAACAGAAAGGAAACUAGCAAGGGAGGUUCAAGUGUUCCAGGUGUCCCUCCAAUUUCUGCAAAAAUCCCAAAGUUGAUAUCCUUAUGUGCAAAUCCAUCUCCCCUUGUAUGCUAUGGUUUGGUCAAUGCACUUUUUGGCUACACAUUCACCCUCAGCCUGUUUAACAAUGACACUGAUUCACUGAUGUUUGAGUUCUGUGACAUGAUUCUUGCUCUGUCUGAGGCACUGAACUCAAACAGGGUGUUCAACUCUGUCCAAGAAGCCUUAGGCUGUGGAGAAACUCUCAUUUUGGGUGGAGGUUACCUCGACAAGGAGGAUAAACUUGCCCCAGCUAGGGCGGUGGAAGCCGUGGCUCACAUCAUGACCGGCAGAGACGGAAAGGAUGCUACCGGAUACUGCCUGGCAGCCUUGAGUCAGCUUCGCUCGGUGCUCUCCCAGGCCAGAACAGCCCUUUCCAAAGAGGGAGAGGAAGGAGCAAAGAGACAGAAGUACUUCCUGGCAAGCAAGAAGUGUGAAUUCUUUCAAGCCUGGGUGUUGGACAAUGCACACGGGAUUCGUAGACUAGCAAUUGAGUUGUGGAACGAACACAGUAAAGGAGAGAGUGUAAGGAGCAGCAUGGAGAAAGCAAAGACUGUAGUUGAGGAGAGCUUGAAGAAAGACAAGAGCAAAGGGAAUAGUAAGUUAAUUGAAGAACUGAGCUAAGGAAGUUUCUCUUGAACAAAUUGUUUGUAAAUGUUCAUGAUGUAAUAAACAAAUAUGAAUAAA